GUGAAAAAAAUUGUGCCAAUAAAAAUGAGUACUAUAAUAGCCACCAAUGCAAGCAGCUUGCAUUUAAUGCGUCCAGGGAUUCUCAUUUGGAAUGAUCUGCAGUAAACAAAUAUACAAAAACAUUAACAGCUGUUGUGUCGCCACUGAACAAUGAACAACAAAAUUUCCCACUUAAAGCAGGUAAUAAAUAUAUUUUUUUUGUUGAUAUUUAAAAUUUGACAUUUCCACUAAAAAUUUCCCUAACAACAUUGAACAAGUGACAGUUCGCAUUCUUGUUGCUAUUUGACGCACGUGUAUUACCUUUUUCGGCUAAAAUUGUUUCAGAAUUAAAUAUAUUUUUAUAUAUAAUUAUAUUAAGCGUAUUAAUAAAUAUUAUUACGUGCGCGAGGUUAAGAAACGAUAAUAUAUUAAAAAGCCUACUAAAUGGAUAAGCGCCAUAAGCAGAAAAAUAAGAAUGCGGAUAAGGGUAAAAAUACUGCAACGCAAGCCAAAAAUAAAAAUGCCAAACGCCCAACAAUAACAUUUCAAAAACGCAACGAAUUAAAUGCUUUGGUAGCAGAGCUAUGGAAACUAAGUGUUAAAGAUUCGAAAACAUCUCCUGAUAUUGAAUUUGCAGAAUAUGUUAAGAUACAAGAGCUUUUAAAUGAAAUUUUAAUCUUAGAAGCACCGUUACGACGUGAAAAUGUAAAUACUACUCCAGAGGCUCGCUUGAAACAUAUUGAUGCUUUUUAUGAGUGGGCUAUGGAGAAUGGACUCAAGACUGAUUGUGUUAAAAUUGCAGAAUUUCCUGGUUAUGAUCUUGGUUUGAAGGCAACACGGGAUAUAGCUAAAGAUGAAGAAAUUUGUACUGUUCCGCGUAAGCUAAUACUGUCAGAAGAGAGUCUUGAUAAGCGCGUUACUGAACAGCUUUCUUUGGGUUCAAUGACAAACAUAAAACUAGCAUAUGUUCUUAUAAUCGAAGCUAUGAAGGAGGCCAGCUUUUGGAAACCCUACAUAGAUUUGUUACCGGAUAAAUAUACUAAUGUUCUGUACUUCACAGUCGAGGAAAUGAGUGCACUUCGGAACUCUUGCGCAUUUUCCCCUGCUAUACGCCAGUGCAAAUCAAUUGCAAUGCAAUAUGCGCUAAUAUACAGCUGCGCACACAAAGCGGAACGCACCAAUAAUGGAACAGCAAUUAGUAAAGUUUUCGCUGAACAUUUUAACUACGAUCUGUAUCGGCUAUAAUGCCGCGCGAUACUAGUUUGUCUGAUUACGAACAUCGAAUAAUCAGGAAGAUCGCCGAAAUAGCGACUAGACUCAACCGGCAUAGGAACUGUGUUUCCAGGUUUCUGACGGAAUAUAAUACAGCUCCACGCAGUGGCUAGAAGACCAAAAUUAAUGACCGAUGCAAGUGCCGAAUUUGACGUCUGGCAAUGGAAAAUUGGAUGAACAGCGAAGAAAUAGGGGCUCAUAUGUUAUGGAACUUCAAAUAACAAGGAGUAUAAUGUUUUAAAUUAUUUAUAAAAAUUACUUUCUUAAACUUAGCACAAUGGUACCUUUUGGAGAGGCAUAUCAAGACCCGUUUAAAAUUUGCAAAUAAAUACCCAUUCUGGGUCAAAUACUGUCAGAAUGUCGUCUUUAGUGGCGAAAAAAUUUAAUUUAGACGGUCAAGACAUUUACAAAAAAUAUUGGCUUGAUUUACGUCAGGAUCAGGUAUCCUGUAACAAGUAAGGCUUCGGUGGUGGGACCGUUAUGGUAUGUGCUGGCUUCUGCUACAAAGGAAAGACUUCUAUACGCUUUAUAUAUAUCCGAAUGAAUGCCAGCAUAUUUGUAGAGCAUCUGGAUACUGAGUUAGUGCAGUUAUAUGGUGAUGAUGGGAUCAACUAACAGGAUAAUGCAUCAAUUCACAAUGUACAGACAACAAAUUUAUUUUUUGGUGACAGAAAAAUUCCUGUAUUAAAGUGGAAAGUAUUGACUCUCGAUUUAAAUCUCAUUAAGAAUUUAUAGGCGAUCAUUUUUGCCCAUGAUUUUAAAAAUGGAACACAAUUUAAUAUGUCACGACACCUUAAAUCGGUUAUAGAACGUGGGUGAGUUAAAAUUGGCAAGUCUAUUUUA